AUGGCGUCGCCUCAUCCGCUGCCCGGCGACAUGCUGUUCCUCCCUCCCCCAUCGCAGGCCGCGGCCGCCGCGUGCACGACGCUCUGCUGCUUGUGCGGCGUGCCGAUGCCGCCCAACGCGGCCAACACCUGCGCGCCCUGCCUCCGUGCGCGCGUCGACGUCACCGACGGCGCGCCGCGCCACGCCGCCGUGGUGCACUGCCCGUCGUGCUCAUCGUACCUGGAGCCCCCGCGGCGCUGGACGCGCGCCGCCCCGGAGUCGGCCGAGCUCUUGCAGCUCCUCCUUCGCCGCGUCCAGCGCCCGAUCCAGCGCCUCGGCGUCACCCUCACCGCGGCCGAGUUCGUGUUCACUGAGCCGCACUCCAAGCGCAUCAGGCUCCGCCUCCGCCUUCGCCGCGAGGUCCUCCCCGGCCGCGGCCUCGCGCUGGAGCGGGACCACGCCGUCGAGUUCACCGUCCACGACCGCCUCUGCGACCCCUGCGGCCGGGCCCGCGCCGGCCCCGACCAGGACCAGUGGUGCGCCGUCGUGCAGCUGCGGCAGCGCGCGUCGCACCGCCGCACGCUGCUCCACCUCGAGCAGCGGCUGGCCGCCCUCGGCGCGGCCGGCUCGGCGACCCGCGUCGACGUAACCGGCGCCGGCGGGAUCGAUUUCUUCUUCGCGUCCCGCUCCCACGCUGCCGGCCUUGUCGCCCUCAUCGCCUCCCUCGCGCCGGCGCGCGUGGCGGACGCGGCGAGGCAGCUCGUGUCGCAUGACACCAAGAGCAACACGUACCGCCACCGGCACGCCUUCUCCGUGGAGCUCUGCCCGGUGUGCCGCGAUGACCUCGUCUUCCUUCCGAGGGAGGCGUCGCGCGCGCUCGGCGGGCUCGGGCCGCUCGUGCUCUGUGUCAGGGUCACCGACACGCUGGCCCUCCUCGACGCCUCCACCCACCGCGUUGUCAGCCUCGGCAUCAAGGACUACGACCGGCACAGGUUCGAGCCCGCGCUCACCAGCCGCCAGCUCGUGGAGUACGUAGUGCUGGACGUCGACCCCUCGCCGGCCACCGGCGACACCAAGGCCGCCAGGUUCGGGUACCGGACAGCAUACAUGCAGGUGGCCCGUGCGUCAGAGCUGGGCAGGAGCAAAGCCGUCGUCACCGUGAGGACGCACCUCGGGCACCUCCUGGGCCCCGGUGACCGCGCGCUCGGCUACGACCUUCGUGGCGCCAACGCCAACAACCUGGACGUGGAUAGCCACUGCUUGCCGGAUGCUGUGCUCGUCAAGAAGAUCUACGAGAAGGGCGGCGACGGCGACAGGAUGCAGGAGGACGGCGGCAGGAGCGAUGACCAUGGCGUCGCGUGCAUCGACGAGAUCGCCAUGGGGAUUGGCGGCAUUGAUCUGGACCCGUGCGACGAGGUGGAGCUUGAUGAAUUGCUCGAGGACCUCAGAAUCUGA